GGAUUGGAUAAUGAAAGUGGAAUAAAAAUGUAUAUCUUAACAUUGUACUCAAAGCCCCAUUGUGCAUCUGAAGAAGAAACCAUCAUCAUGGAAUCGGAAAUUAAAAAUGAAACAAACUACAGAUUUUAUCAGUUGAACCUCAAAAGUGAAGUCCCCUACUUUGUUCGAUUGAAGGUUGUAAAUCGAGCAGGAUUGAGUACUGAAAUAACCAGUGUGCCUAUAUAUGUUGACAUGACUGAACCCUUGCUGGGAGAUAUAAAGCCAGGAUUAGACUGGGCGGGUUCAAAACCAAUCCAAUUCUCACAAUCAGAAAUUCACGCUGUUCUUGCGGUUGCAAAAACAAAACGUGUUUAUAAAUGUCCUCGGCAGCAAAAGUUUCCCUUCAGUGCAUUUAGAACAAUUUCCAAUUUUUCUUCAGAGUGUACAGAUAUAACUUUGGAACAUCUUGAUAUUAUUAUUCGGCAUGAUGACACUUUGCAAAAAAUAAUAAAAGGGGGAGUUCGUUCAGACUUACUAAAUAUUAAAAGCGGCGUGUAUUCAUAUAGAGUUAAACCUUUAGGUGGUCAGAACAUGACCACAAUUAUUGGUCUUUCUUCUGAUCUUCUCCAUAUUCCUCUACAUUUUACAGAACAGAUUAAUUCUGAUUCAAAUUCAUCAACCAGCAACGCCACUGGACCACCCGAUGUUUACGCAAUAGGAAUUGCAAUCCGAGGAUACCCGAAUGAUGAAAUUAGAGAAAUUAUCCUCUGGGCUAAGGAUAGAUAUGAGACUCAUACUAGAAUAUUGAAUUUUGAAAAAGAAAAAAGUUUUGUAGACAUCGACUUCGAAUUGGAAAGCAUAAAAGACGAUAGCGGAUAUAAAGUAACAUGGAGCGUAAAAUAUUUCAUAGAUAAACAGGAAGUAGUACGGUUUACAGGCUUAGUAUUUCAGAAUAGAUGGUCCAUGUUUUUGCUCACAAAUAAUAAUAAUGGUUUCUUCCCUCCAAUAACUGAUGUAUUUCAUCCCUUUUACGCUGUAUCCAGAUUUACGAAUAUUCAGGUGCCCUUAGAUAUUGACCAUGAUUGCCAGUAUGGAAAGGCAUUUUUUGACGAAGAGAGCCAUAUCAAAGAAAUUUGGGCAGGCGUAUCGGAUAGCAUCAACAGAACGGACAAUGUCAAACCCCUCCAAUUGGUGAUUGAAUUUUGUCAGCCUUGCAACAAAAUAUGCCCUGAUAUGUGCGACAAAAAUUGUUCAACAGAAAAUGAAUUUCAAAUUAUUCCUAUUAAAAUAACCAACUUAACGUUGUUAUCAUCAUCAGUUGCUAAUGAAGGGGUACAAAAUAGAACAUUUGAUACAAGCAACGGAAGUACUGUUUUUGAUUUAUAUGAAACCCCUGCAUACUUUGUAACUGCUAAGAUAGUAAACCAGGCCGGUCUUCAGGUUCUUCUUCAUAGCCCUGCAAUUACCAUUGACACUACACCACCAGAAUUUGUAAAGAUGGAGUGUGUUGAUCCUGACCAUUCUAUGACAGAGCCAGCUAAUUAUCAAAGUAGUUUAAAAAGUUUAGGGGCAUUUUGGGAAUGUAACGAAGACGUUGGUCAAAUAAUACGAUACGUAAUCUCUGUUGGGGUAUCAAUGAAUGAUACGAAUGUUCUCAACGAAACGAACAUUGGCUUGAAUACAACUUUUCGAGCUGACGAUCUAGAAGGAAUGCUUCAAAACUUUACUACUUACUUCAUUUCAGUGCAUGCAUAUAACUCAGCAGGUUUACAUGCGAAAGAGUUCUGUAAUAUAACCGUUGAUUUACAUGCACCGGAUAUAUCAAAGACAGACACGGCUGUGCUAUUUAAAAGUCCAUCAAUCAUCAGUGCACCCCCAAAUAUAACAUUUCUAUCAUCUCAGAACAAUAUUGGUGUACAGUGGAACCCGCAUACGACUGACGCUGAAUUUUAUGAGUGGCAGAUCGGUUCUCACGAUGGAGAAGGGGAUCUUUUGGAGAAAGUGAAAGUUGGAAAUAGCAAAUCGCGCUCAGUUGCAAUUGUGAAUGGAAGAAUGUGGCUUGAUAAUCAGAAAACUAACACAACUCUUGCAGAAUUCGUAUUGAAAACCUGGGAUAACAAAUCUAUUGCUGAAGCAAAGAAGAACGCUUUUUUCAACAUUGAACCUGGAAAAUGUUUUCAUAUGGGAUUAUUUGCAAUAAGCAGAUCUCACUUAUCAAGCCAAUUACCACUUGAUGCAAAUUGCUAUCUACGACCAACUGACCAUUUAGUGUCAUUUCAUAGCAGAAAGAUUCAAACAGUGCAUUUGACUAAUGGUAGGUUUGUAGACGUGACACAGCACAGCACACUUAAGAGCAACCUGAUAAUAAAAUUACAAGGAAGCAAAGGUGACAUAUCUUUUGGAGUACUGACUAGAAAUGACACGAGAAUGAAUUAUGGUUCUGCAGGUGGGCCCAAUUAUAAAUCAUAUAUUGUAGAUCCAAACACCACUGCUUCUCAAACAUCCAGGGCACUACAACGAAGAAUUUUGAAGUUUUCUGAUUUAUCCUUCUUCAUGUCACCGAGUUGCGAGGCUGACAUCAAUCGCUGGAUAGACUUUACUUUGACUGUUAACAAAUCUGACUUGGUGGAAUCUACACAACCUACACUGGUCAUCUGGAAUAGAGCUAAAGAAGAAUGGCAAAUUUUUGAUGACCACUGCAAACAAAACAUCCAAAUGGAUCAUGUACAGAGUACAUUAAAGGGAAAAAUUUGCAUAAAUGAUCCUGGCCAUGAUAGAAUCAGAAGACAAACAUACCAGACAGUUAUACUUACAGAACCACGUCAAUUUGCUCUGGUGAUUAUCAAGAAAGAACUCCAAAACUCACCACCUAUCAUAAAAAAGACACAAAAGACAAUUGAUGAAGAUGGAUUUCUUCAUUAUAAUCUUGAAUGGGAGGAUAGUGAAAAUGACAACAUAACAUUUAAAUUGAUUGACGGACCAUUUCACGGAAAUGCCAAUAUCACUGAAGAGGGAAUAAUAGAUUAUCAACCAAAUCCGAACUUCUUUGGGAAGGACACUGUACAUAUUGGCAUCACAGAAAUCAUUUCAGAGACUGGUUCACAAGAAUUAGUUAAUCAAUUCAAUAUAACAUUUGAUAUUCUGAUAGAAAAUAUUAAUGAUGGCCCAUCAAUAUUGUUUGGCACUUCAUCCAACGAAACUUUUGACUCAAAGUCACAUAACAAAAUUGAUGUGAUAGUUGAAGCCAACGAUGCCGAAUAUUUCAUAGGAUCCUUUGUUGCUUUUGAUAUUGACCAGAAUGAUUCCCUUACCUACCAAGUUUAUAGCAAUGGAUCUGACGACAUGGUGUUUGAUUUGCAAGAAAAAGACAGGCCAAAUUCUUUCUUGUUAGAAUUUAUCAGCAACUCCACAACUCCUCCAACUGUACUGAAAUCAUUUGACUUGUACCUAAAGCUAAAUGUCUCAGCAUACGGCUAUGUAGAAUAUGGGCUUUUGGUAUAUGAUUCCGUCAAAUGGUACAGUAAAGCCGUAUGGUUUCAAAUCUUUGUUUUACGAAAUCCGUGUGUCCAUGGUCACUGCGAGCGAAUCUUUCCAAGCGGACUUGAUUGCAAUGACAAGAUGAGAUCCGUUUCUUUUGAGAAAUUUAAAUGCGCUUGUGACAAGGGAUAUGAAGGCAUCUAUUGUGGAAAUGAAAUCGACGAAUGUGUCCCAAACCCGUGUCCUUUAAUGUAUGACUGUCUGGAUGAAUUAGCAGACUACACAUGCACGAUUAACCCAGCAAAACUUAUGGCCAUUUUGAUAUGCAUAUGCAUUACCUUUUUGCUGAUCAUAUUUGUGUAUCGAAAGAAAAAGCAAGCAAAAAAGAAGAUGAAAGUAUCCGAUUUUUGGCACGAAACACCAUCAAACCAAAUGGCAGGUCCCUCUGGAACAUUCCCCGUUGAGAGUAAUCAGCAAGUUUCCGACUACGAUGAGGAGGAUCAGCCUCUUCCGCAGGAGAAAUCAGUUGAUUCGGAAAACGAACACCUUGGAGAAACUAUCAACAUUUUGGAACUGACAAGUAUGUUUGCUUCCAGAUCCAAGAAGACGCUUCCUCCCCAUCACGUAGGAAGAAUACGAAGCCAGGACUGCAAACCCGGGACUAGCUCUUCCAAGAAGCCUUCCAUACAUACCCAAGAUGGCGGUGUUCCAAACGUUAAUAUAUAGUUCAAGUUCUUCCUUUGUUGUUUAAUUAAGUAAUGGACGAUUAGAAUUAAAAUUCAUUCUAUUUAUUAAACUAGAAGAAUGAUUUUUCUCCGGUAUGAAUCAAGAUUUUUAACACUCUGGAACACAACACCCUAUAGUUUUUCAGCCUGAUUAUUCUUAUCUUUGUUUUUACUAUGACUUGAUUUAUCAAA